CCCCCCUAUGCCUUCAGCCCUCGCCUCCUAGAACCAGGACAAAGCCCUCUGGCAGUGACUGGGAGGGGAACAGGAGGAGGGACAGAGGGAUGGGGAAGGCUGCACAAAGGAAUUCCUCACACCAAGCCCCCUGACCGCCAGCUCCAGCGAGUGGCAACAGUGACACCUGUUUGAUCAGUGAGGUCGAGUCGGAGACUGCAAGAGGGAGGAGACUGACUACACGGAGAGGAGCUGGGAAGCAGAGCUGCGCGCUCCCUGAGUAAAAGGCCUUCACCAUGGGCGAGUCUCCUGGCUGCUGCUCCAUCUGGGCCCGCUGCUUCCACUGCCUCUAUAGCUGCCACUGGAAGAAAUGUCCCAAGCACAGGGCCAAGACCAGCAAGUGUGACUGCAUCUGGUUCGGCCUGCUCUUCCUCACCUUCCUCCUGUCCCUGGGCUGGCUGUACAUCGGGCUUGUCCUUCUCAAUGAUCUGCACAACUUCAAUGAAUUCCUGUUCCGCCACUGGGGACACUGGAUGGACUGGUCCCUGGUAGUCCUGCUGGUCGUCUCUCUACUGGUCACAUAUGCAUCUUUGCUAUUGCUCCUGGGCCUGCUCCUGCAGCUCUGUGGACAACCUCUACAUCUUCACAGUCUCCACAAGGUGCUACUGCUCCUCAUUCUGCUUCUGGUAACCACGGGCCUGGUGGGACUAGAUAUCCAAUGGCGGCAGGAGUGGCAUAGUUUACGACUAUCACUGCAGGCCACAGCCCCGUUCCUUCACAUUGGAGCAGUUGCUGGAAUCACCUUCCUGGCCUGGCCUGUGGCUGAUACUUUCUACCGUAUCCACCCAAGAGGCCCCAAGAUUCUACUACUGUUCCUAUUUUUUGGAGUCACUCUGGUCAUCUACCUGGCCCCCAUAUUCAUCUCCUCCCCCUGCAUCAUGCAACUCAGAGACUUACCCCCAAAGCCUGGACUGGUGGGACACCGAGGGGCCCCCAUGCUGGCCCCUGAGAAUACCCUGAUGUCCCUGAGGAAAACGGCUGAAUGUGGAGCUGCUGUGUUUGAGACAGACGUGAUGGUCAGCUCUGACGGAGUCCCCUUUCUCAUGCAUGACGAGCGGCUGAGCAGGACUACCGAUGUAGCCUCUGUGUUUCCAGAGCGAAUCUCAGCUCACAGCAGUGAUUUCUCCUGGGCUGAACUGCAGAGACUCAAUGCUGGAGCCUGGUUCCUAGAGCGGCAACCCUUCUGGGGGGCCAAAGAGCUGACUGGCUCUGAUCGGAAGGAGGCUGAGAAUCAGACAGUACCAGCACUAGAAGAACUACUGAAGGAAGCAGCAGCCCUCAACCUUUCCAUCAUGUUUGACUUGCGCAGACCCCCCAAAAACCACACAUACUAUGACACUUUUGUGAAUCAGACUUUGGAGGCUGUGCUGAAUGCAAGCGUGCCGCAAGCCAUGGUUCUUUGGCUUCCGGAUGAAGACCGUGCUAUUGUGCAACAGCGGGCUCCCAGAAUGCGCCAGAUAUAUGGACGGCAGAGUGUCAACAGGACUGAGAAGCCCCAGUUUCUCAAUCUCCCCUACCAAGACCUUCCAGUGUUGGAUAUCAAGGCACUGCACCAGAAUAAUGUCUCAGUGAACCUAUUUGUAGUGAACAAGUCCUGGCUUUUCUCCCUGCUCUGGUGUGCAGGGGUAGAUUCAGUCACCACCAACGACUGCCGGCUGCUGCAACAGAUGCAUUACCCCCUCUGGCUUAUUCCCCCUCGGAUUUACUUAAUGAUAUGGACCAUCACCAACUGUGUCUCCAUUCUGCUGCUCUUGUGUGUCUUCCUCCUCCGAGGGAGAUGUGCUGAGAGGAACAGAACUGGCCUAGAAGCGGCAGUGCUGCUGACCAAGAUCAACAGUGUUAUCUCCGACUGAAUGGCAAACCUGUGUCCCCAUAGGCGCAACCCAAGGCUUGUGUGCACUGGCCAAAGGGAAGGAAAGGAGCUGGAGUGGAAUGUCCUGGAAUAAAAUGUUUGCAGCAUUGCUAACAGGAGCAUUUGAACUAAGAAGGAGGCCCUCUGUCCAGAUGAUGGGCAUGUCUCAAGCUGCCAUGGAAUUUGCUGCCUUUGGUAUUUUGACAUGAGUUAGUUGCAAAGACAGUGAGUGGCAAGAAGUUACUCCCCAAAUUGCGAUUAAAACAAGGAACUGAGAGAGAUUGCCAAGAUAAUGCCUUGGGCCUGUGUGCACAUGCACUUGGGUAGAAGACAUGGGGUGUGUCAGGAUGGGGUAGCUCUGAAUGAA